GAUGAGGAUGAUAGGGAGGCCUGAGGUGAGGCGCUUCUUCUACGGCGGUGAGUCUCAUACACUUCUCUCUCUCAGAGACCUAACUCUCUUUUUCACACUUACAAGGUUUGACCGAGUCGAACCGAGUUGACUCUCUCCGAAUCAAUCCGUAUUCAGCUGUACUCUUCCUUGUUCUUGUUGUUGCUCCUAAUUGCAGAGCGCAGACGGAAAACGAAAGGUGGAGCUAAGUCUGCGCUUGAUUGAAGAAGCAGAGGAAGAAGAAGAAGAAGAAAAUGAAUGGGAAUAAGAAUGGAGGAGGAGCAGGGUUUGGUGGGAUUGUGGGUGAAUACAUUCGAAGGCAUCACAAGCACGACCCCAAAGACCAUCAGUGUACCUCUACGCUCGUCAGGCACAUCAAAGCCCCUGUUCAUCUUGUUUGGUCAUUGGUAAGACGAUUUGAUCAACCGCAAAAGUAUAAGCCAUUUGUCAGCAGGUGUGUGGUGCAGGGGAAUCUUGAGAUUGGAAGUCUCAGAGAAGUUGAUGUUAAGUCUGGGCUUCCUGCCACUACUAGUACUGAAAGAUUGGAACUUCUUGAUGAUGAUGAACAUAUUCUUAGCAUUAAAAUUAUCGGUGGGGAUCACAGACUUAGGAACUACUCUUCCAUCAUCUCCCUCCAUCCAGAGAUUAUUGAUGGAAGACCAGGGACCGUGGUGAUCGAGUCAUUUGUGGUUGACGUGCCUGAAGGGAACACCAAGGAUGAGACCUGCUACUUUGUGGAAGCCUUGAUCCAGUGCAAUCUCAAAUCACUUUGUGAUGUCUCAGAGCGGCUUGCAGUUCAGGACCGCACUGAGCCAAUCGAUCGGCUCUGAAAACUAGAACUGAGAACAUAUGGUGGAAGCCAGAGGCUGCCAUGGAUGAAGCUUCCGAGGCUUUCGUAUCUCGGAGGUUUUGGAGACGGACAGGCAGUAGUACACUUCCAUUUUCACAUACAUUUACAUGCUCAUGUUUCAUUUUUGUUUGCCUUUUUCUUUGUCAGUCCAAAAUUAUAUUGUUAAGUUUCCUGUGUUAAGGAGCUCAAAAACCACAGCUGUCUUAAAUGUCUGUAACCCUUUCAUGAAUGAAAAAGUAGAGAAAAAAAGAGGGAGGGACUAGGUUAAUGUGAAUCCCUGGGUUUUGUUCUUGGUGAUGUGAGUUUGGUUGUGUGUCCAUGUGCAUAGAGAGAUUGUGUUUGUAUAUUUGCUUCUA